AUGAUGUCCCAGACUGGGCAGCGCGUGGAGGCCGUACUGGAGUUUGGAUUUAUCUCCCAGCCCACGCGGGAGAGACACAAUACGGCCCCAACUUACAGCUGGAACGCCACUCGCCUCUUCUCCUCGCUCUUCUCUUACUUUUGCGCUCUGUUUCGCCUCAUUGGCUCGCCUCCUGAGCGCCCGCCAGUGCCGGGCACCACCAGUUGCUCCUCGGCCGCCCCCUCCCGCGCGUGGUACGGCCCGGCGGGCGCGCAUCCAGGCACAGGUUAUAAAGGCCCUGCUGCGGCAGCCGACUGCGGGGUCAACUUGGCCCGCAAGACGGGAGCUCGCCCGGCCUCCAAGGCUGGAUCGGAGGCAGGAGUCCAGCGCGCGUCCGCAUUCUCGGCAGUCCAGGGGAAUGCCCAGUCCGUGCCCGACAACUCGGACGCGCCGCGGACUCGCUUCAUAUUCCAAGCGCUGUGUCCUGACCUACACCCACCAGUCAAGAAAAUCACCCAAGAAGAUGUCAAAGUGAUGUUGAGUUUGCUAGAGGAGAGAGAGCGGGACCUGAACACGGCAGCUCGCAUUGGCCAGUCCCUGGUGAAACAGAACAGUGUUCUGACGGAGGAGAACAGCAAGCUGGAAGCCAUGCUGGGCUCGGCCAGGGAGGAGAUUUUACAUCUCAGACACCAGGUGAGCCUGCGGGAUGACCUCCUUCAGCUUUACUCAGACUCUGAUGAUGAAGAGGAGGAGGACGAGGAGGAUGAAGAAGAAGAGCGGGGGACUCCUCUGACAGAGUCAGAGGCACACCACUGCCCGCAGCUGGAGGCUCUGCAGGAGCGGCUGCGGCUGCUGGAGGAGGAGAACGAGCAGCUGCGAGAGGAGGUCUCUCAACUCGAUGACCUUGAGGAGGAGGGACAGAUGUUCAUCCUGGGUUGUGUGGAGCAGUUUUCGGAGGCCAGCCAGCAGAUGGCCGAGCUGUCGGAGGUGCUGGCGCUCAGGAUGCAGAACUCUGAACAGCAGCAGAGGGAGGCUGCCCAGCUGCGGGCCCAGGUCACGAAGCUGCAGCAGUGCUGCCAGGCGUAUGGGGCUGAGGUUGAGAAGUUGCAGCAGCAGCUGGCUUCGGAGAAAGAAAUCCAGACGCAGCUCCAGGAUGAGGCUUCCCCGUCCCCUGGGGAGAGAGUGGGCAAGGCGUCUGGGCUGGGUGUGCCUGCGCCCCAGCAGAGCCUGGGGGCGGGUUCCCAGCUGCAGGACCUACGGGAGAAGUACCCUGAGCGUGGGAGCAUGCUGACUGAGGCCCAGGAGGAGGUGAAGCCCCUCCGCCAGCAAGCCCCGGCGUCCACGGGCUCUGUCACCCACUACACGGACACUGUACCUCUGGAAGCACUUCCUGAUUUCCAGGAGACCCUGGCUGAGGAGCUCAGAACGUCUACAAGGAGGAUUAUCUCAGACCCUGUGUUUUUUAUGGAAAGGUGCACUCUGGGCCCCAGACCUUUGCCUGCCCUGCACUCACUCUUGCCUACCUGCUAUGAGCUGCACUACAGUGAAGAUCGAGAGCGGGAGCAGGGGCUUGAGGCAGAGGAGGGGCUGAUGUCGGCCGAGGAUUUCUCGCCUGCGGAGGAGCUGGUGCCUGAGGAGGAGCUGGGGGCCACAGGAGAGGCGCUGCCAGCUGACGAGGGGGUGACGGAAGAGGCAGAGCUGGUGUCUGAGGAGGCUGAGGCCUGGGAAGAGGCGGAGCCCGAGCUGGAUGAGGCAACGCGGAUGAAUGUGGUCACGUCAGCCCUGGAUGCCAGCGGCUUGGGCCCCUCAUGCCUGGACGUGAAGUAUGUCCUCCAGCAACUGGCCAACUGGCAGGACGCCCAUUACAGGCAGCAGCUGCGGCAGAAGAUGCUCCAGAAAGCAGGGGCAGCAGCCAAAACAAACAUGGUGGGCGGGGUCGUGGAGCAGCAGCUGGGGGGGCCGACCCAGGACUUUCGGAGGCUGGAGGAGGAAAGGGCCAAUCACCCUCCCAGGGCCUGGGAGGACAUUCCCAGGCCAUUAGGACAAAAGCCUCUGCCAGCAAGGGCCACAGUCGGACCAGUCCCCUGGGCUUUGCUGUUUCCCAGCAGCCUGCAGAGGCCCCAUAGACAGCCUGAGGCCCCUCCUUGCGCUGCCUGGCCAAGCCCCACCCUCCCCAGACCUCCCUUCCCUUGCUCAGAAACCGAACCCCCGAUCUGUCACCAGCCCACCCGCUGUCCUGAUGAACCUGGGCCGGAACUUGAGGGCCCAAGCCUUGACCCUCUUCUGGGACAGGCUGAAGGAACCCCGGCCCUCGUUCUGCAGCUGGUGCAAAAGCUGUGGCUGCUGGGCCUGGAUCACUUGGUGGCCCCAGGGGUGUAAGAAGCUCAGGGGGCGUAAGAAGCCCAGGGGGAGGCCCACCAGCUACCAGACUCGGCUCUGAGCUGGGGCAGGGCUCAGGCCCGGGGUGUAGGAAGUUGUUUUGAGCACCUCGGUCACUACAUGCCCCUCACCCCUUGACCCCCAAUCAAAGGUGGCUUCCCAGUCCUUGGUGACUUUUAGGGACCUGGUCGUCUUUCCCGGUUCUUAGCUCUUUCUUCUCAGUCCCUAAUUGCUGUGUGUAACCAGAAGCAUCUGUCUGUGUGGGCGAGGACUCCCUCUGCCCGGGAUGGGGGUGCAGGGCUCCCUCCCCUCCCCUGCCCUCCCCACCUCCCCACCUGUGGCCUGUGAGUGUCCAGGCUCCCUCCCAAGGCCCUGUCACUCCCCACCACAUCCUCUCCUCAGUGCCCCUUGUUUCCUUGUUCUAGAUGUUUCGCCCUUUCCCACCCUUUACUCAUAAACACCUGGAGUCGGGGGCUCAGGCCCCCGUCGGUAUCUGCCCACCUCCCCACAGUGCUUCUCAUGCUUCUGUUGCUUGUCAGACCGUGUACGUGCCGGUGAAGGAAAUAAAGGACCUGUGCGCUA